AUGCAUGGUUCACCCGAAUUACUCACUUCGGUUAGCCUUCUGAUAGAUAUAAUUGUGGAUUCGGUGAACAUUCCUGAGCAAUGCAAGCUUCCGUUGCUACACGGUAUUUGUCGUGUAAUUCACAGAGUUUGGGGUUAUAGUACUCAGUUGGAAAGGUGCAUCCCAUUUACAUACACCGGUUGUGCUGGCAACAGGAAUCGCUUCGACAGCGAAUGGGCUUGUUCAUCUGGCUAUGGAAAUGAUCAGUCAUUCUCUGUCUCUCUCUUUGAAGGUUAUGUGAAACUUCAGCCCGUUGGGGAAUGUUGUAGUUCUCGAAGAGACUAUGUGGACACAUGCAACUACCUUUACCUAUAUUAA